AUGAUAGGUGCUGCAAUCCGAUCAUCGUCAGAGGAAGGAGGAUCCACCAUGGCAGCAAUAUCUCGUUAUAUCCGAUCCAAUUAUGACGACAUCCCGGAGGGGCAUGACAGGCUCCUCCCUUACUACCUCAGCAAACUCACUGCCCAGGGGGAGUUCGUCAUGACCGCACCCGGCCGUUUUGCGGUCGCUGAUGAUGUUGGCGCCGAGCCAGCCAUGGCAUCUUCCCGUCCUCGCCAUGCCAAGCCCACGUCAUCAUCGAAGCCCAUAGACGACGACAAAGACGACGAUCCCGGGACGACAAAGUCUCCGCCUCCUCCGAGCUCCAGUGAAGGACGAGGCUCAUCGGAGUCUAUGGUCAUUCAUGGGAACGGCUCCGCUUGGGUGCAACCAAGGCCCACGGCCCAUGAAGGCCAUAUUGUCGAGCGGAUCGAGUCGUUCGCUACCGUUUCUGGGCCGGUUCCGCAAGGCCACGCACAGCCAACGUCCGACGGGAAAACAUUGCCCUCUCAAGGAGAUACUGCAGAUGCAUCGGACUAUGUGCUCGCCUCGCCAUCGCCUCCGGUGACUGCGAAUAAAGGAGAUGGAUCCAAAACGGUGCACAAACGUCGGAGGUCCACCUAGGAAUAAGGCUGUUUUGGUCGAUAAUUGGACCUGGACCAAGGUAAGGAUAGCAGCGAUGGCAAGCACCAGGGUGAGCCAGACAAAUAAUAGAGAAGAUUGAUCCAAACGCGGGCCCAAGAGGAUCGAUAAUUGUAGAGUGGGCUCAGACACCGGGCCCAUGGACCAAGAGGAUCCGGAGCCCACGCCCAAACCGGCCGAGGAAGAGUUGAAAGAGGCCCACAGCCAAAGCCCACUGUUCCAAGCCAGAUUAUUUUUCCAUGUUCGAUGUCCUUUGUUUUCUUCUAUUUAUUUAUCAUCGAGGGAUCAUAAGCAGUGAAUAAAUCUUUUGAGCGAUAUUUUUCUUUUGUUUUUUGUGAAAAAAUUAAUUAAUCUUUCCUCCUA